GUGACAUGGUAACCCGUGUUAAAAUGGCGGAAGUUGUAAACAAGCAGACGACACCACCUGACAGAACAUCAUAAUAUGAUACUGGUUUAAUCAGCAAUAAUCUAUACAAGGUGGACUGGAAAAAUGCCAUCCUCAAUACAGUCUCUGGAUUACUCCAGGAGCUAUACUUUUCAAUUAGAUGAUAGCCCAAGGUAUGGGAACUUCCAGAACCUUGACCAUUUGCCAGCAGUGGGCAAAGGGGGCAGAGCAGGGGAACAUUACAUUCCAUACUUUACCAAUCAGCACAUCUUCAAGACUGUCUCUGAUUGGGUGGAGUCUUGGCAGCCAUGGCAACAGGAGGUGUUGCUGAUUGGAAUAGCAGACAGAUUGCCUGUGCGACAGAUUGAUGUACUUGCUACAACACUUGAACCAGUAUGUCAUAGGGACUAUGUGACCGCAUGCAGACAUCAGUAUCCUUCCACACCAUUCCUGACUGUUAGACAAGAGCAGGAGGAGAUGUAUGCUGGGGAAGGCAAGAGUGAUAUACUGAACGAAAAUGAUCAUGUUUCAGUUGUUCUCGGUGAAGUUUCACAACCAUCCAGCUCAUGUCGCAAGGAUGGUCCUACAAUAGGGAUUGGUCCACUGCAGCAGAUUCCAACACAGCCAAGAACAUCAUCCAAAAGUCAGCUGAUGGCGCGAGGUGGAAGAGGGGAGAUAACUCCCUCACCUGUGGUGCCAGGGGGAAGAGGUGAGACAACUCCCUCACCUUUGGUGCCGCAGGGAAGAUGGGGGACAGCAUCAUCACCCGUGCCAUUUUCCGUCCAGGAAUUUGCCAAAAGGCUUUCUAAUGAUAUCAUUAAAUCAGCUCUCCAGUUUGUGUUUGAGAAACAGAAUGUUUUAUGUGAAUCUUCAAGUAACCAAGAGGAUGUGCAAUUUCAGCCUUCUUCACCAUCUCUUGCUCUAAAUGAUAAUGUAAAUCAAGAAAUCAGUGGUGAUUCAAAGUCAAAGGAUCAUGGAAAUGAGACUAAUGAAAAAAAGAUUGACAAGUGUUGUACAGUUCUGUCUUCAGAUAUUAUGAAGAAAAGAACAAUCCUAAGCCCAAUCAACUCUGCACCAAAUGCUUUGUCUUUGGAUGUCCUAUUUCCAGAAUUAGACUCUGCAACAGACUUAUCACAUGUACAAUCAAAAUCUGAAGGAAAAGAUUUAUUGGUGGAUGUUCUUAUUGCAAAAACAGACUUUGAUAAGAAGGACUUGUCUAAUGCUGAUGGUUGUUUAGCUGUGAAUGUGUCAUCUUCAUCAUCAUCAGCUAAGUCUAGUCCUAACAGCUUGUGUGAUGAAAUUGUACUCUCCUCAUCACAGAUCCACAAUGAGUUCCCGUCUCCUUGUCCAUCCAAAUCAGCAGAAAGCUAUCAGGCCCAUAAAAGCUCCCUGCUUCAGACAGACCAGAAAACAAUGACCAUUCCCCUGGCUAAACAAGUUCCAAAUGGACUUUCUCAGAGUCUUGACUUUAUUGGUGAUUGGAAAGUCCCCAGACUGUCUAGAUCCACCAAUAUAUCUUACAGCCCUUUUAAGAAUCAUUUAGGGUACUUCCAUGUGAAUACUCCAGACUUCUUUGGCAAAACACCUCACAGGAAACUAGGGCCUCUUCAGACGAGCUUGGACCUCACUGAUAACAGACAGUGUCUGAGUGACAGCAAUGUUUAUGUCCCUCUUCAUCGGACGUACAAGAAUGCCAAAUGGUGGCCAGACAAACCUGGGACAGGGCGCAUGUACCUGAGGGCUAGGAAGAGGGAGCUGCUGCCUCAUUACAAACAGCAACUACAGCAGGUCUGGCAGUGGCUGGAGAUGUGGACUGACUUUGAACGUGUAGCUUUUGUAAAGGAGAUCAUUAAGAUGACUGACACAGAUGUACUGACAACAUUUGCCAACUAUGUUCAGCAAAGGCUACGUGACUCACGGGAUAUCAAUUGUCUUCCUGAUCACACCCUCUUACAGGUGUUCUCCAAUCUGAGCCCUAAGGAUAUAGCCUCAACAGCUCAGGUGUGUAGACGCUGGAGAUACCUCUGUGCCUCAGAUAGCCUGUGGAUGGUGAAAUGUUAUCAGAUGGGUGAGGAGGAAGGUUUGGGCAAUGUGAAUGACAUGGUGCUGAGAGCGGGACAGGGCAGGAUGGGGGUAGACUGGAGGAAGGCUUACAGGGAGCUGCAGAAGAUCGCCAUCAAUGCUAAAACAGGCAUCUCUCCCUUACACAGACCUCCAGAAGAUGAAGAAUCAAAUGCUGUAGCAGAUGAUGAAGAAGAAUCUCCCUCUUUAUUACAAGAUUUGCCUGGGCUCAUAGGACAAAUUACUGAUGGAGUCAGUGCUACAGUUGUGGAUAUCAAAGUGAAAGCUGGAACAGAGUCAACCAUUCUUAGAGAACGUGAACAGGAGGCCUUAGUAGAGGACAGUGACUCAGACAUAUCUGAGGACCAGAUUGCCCUGAUGACAGAUUAUAACUACUACUCUGCUGAUGCUCUCAAGGCUAAGAAAAGAUGGUCAAAUCGCCGUGGUGGAGUUAAAAAUCUUCCUCCAAGACUAGGUCUGCCAACUAACCGAGCAGAUAAUCCAGAUGGACAAAGAUGGAGUGAAGGCCCAAGGCCACUUGAGCCAGUGGUAAAACAAGAGAGACAGAAGCCAAAGGAGGAAGACUUGGCCUAUGACAUUCGUCCACACUUGAGGCCUACCGUAGAUAUACUGGGUAAAACAAAAGCCAGUCACAGUUUAGAAUGGGAGACUCCUGCACAAGGCAAAGACUCAAAGUCAUUCCAACUGUCAUUUGCAGGACAAGUGAUAGGAAUGAAGAGGGUGAGAAAGUUACAGGGUCAUUCUGGAGGAGUUUUGUGUGUUCACUCUGACCAGAGACGGCUGGCCUCAGGUGGGUGGGACCGCACCAUCCGACUGUGGGACAUUAGAAGUGGGCGUAGUCUUCACAAGUUCUAUGGACACAGGGGCGGAAUACACAGCUUGGUGUUUGAUAACGACAUCAUGGUAUCAGGCUCAUGGGACAUGACUAUUAUGGUGUGGUGUAUGAAGAAGUUUACACGGCGUCUGGUGCUCCAUGAACACAAAGGAUGUGUAUCUUGUCUGCUACUUCACCCAGAGUUCAUAGUAUCUGGUUCUCAUGACACAACAGUCCGAGUAUUUUACCGUAACACCCUGCUCUGUUACAAGGUGAUCACUGGUCACACAAAAGCUGUCAACUGCCUGGCCUUGGAUGGAGACUGUGUUCUCUCAGGUUCAUCAGACAGGACACUCCGGCUAACUAACAUCCACACCCUGCAGCUCUUGCAGGUGUUUGAGGGAAUGCAGGAGGCCGUCUUAUCAGUGCUGUCUCGGGGCAGCCUGCUAAUCGGCGGAGACAGUUUAGGGCGGGUAUAUUUCUGGAACAAGUCAACAGGAGAGAGCGAGGCGGCAAUUCAAGCCCAUGAUGGCCCCGUUAACAGCAUCGGCUUCUGGGGCAGCAGACUGCUGACAGCUUCAGGAGAUUGCACUAUGAAGGAGUGGGAUAUCAACACGAUGACUGCUGUUCGUUGCUUGGAUGGACACAAAGGGGCUAUCAACCAAAUGACGGUUUCAGAAAAGCGGAUUGUCACGUGCAGUGAAGACGGAAAUGUGCGUGUGUGGGACACCUUCUCUGCCAUCCCACAAAAUAAGAAAACAUCAAAGGCUAGAUUACAGCGAAGGAAAAGGGUUGUGUGAAUCAUGGAGGUUGGAAAGGGUCCUGGGACUGUCCCUUCGCUGAAGAACUAGUAUAUCCUGUAGAAUACUGAAAACAAUUCGGUGUGCCUGAGAGAAAUCGAAUGGCACGAGGCCUAUGUAGGAUAAAGCGAACAGACUUGAUUGAUUUGUUAUAGGUUGUCCGUAAAUAAACCUUUGCAUUUUAUGCUUUAUGAGGUCCGUAAAAUAAAUCUAUUGGUCAUGGGCUAAGCUUAAGGCUCGGGCUGCCACAAAAGACUGGGUUAACUGUGUACGACCCGUGGUCUAGGUUAAAACGCGUACAGGACUGUAUGGUAGACACACUUGUGUCCCCAUUAUGUAUAUUAUAUGGGAUGAGGUUCGGAUCAAUCCGAUUAAUAGGGAAGAGGAGCUGUGCUGUAACUAAUUCCAUACAUCACUGUCCACGCUCGGUCCGUCAUCAAACGGUGCCCAGGGAGCGACAAUCACUCCACUUUAAUUGAAGAACGGUAUUUCCCAUAUUUCUAUGUCAACCCUGUCGUCUGAAAUCGACCCUGUGCCGCUUGCUAUGAUUUCAGUGAUAAAUGACGUGAUUUGAUUUAAGCAACAUUUCUCUUUCCAAUUCAAAUAUUUUAAAGAUACCUGAGCAUGAACGGUGUGUGUAUGUAAGGUGCCCUUUAAUCAUUAAUUGUUUUAUGUAAGGUAUACACUUCAUAAUUCCCAGUGCGAUAAGCUUUCAGUUACGGUUUCUUCCCAAUCAGUGGAGAUCCGACUUUCGGUGUUUUAUGAUAUAGGCUACAAGAGCCAUAGUAAGAUCUCAGGAGAUCUGCAUAAAGGGUUUACACGAAUUCAUUAUCAUCAUCAGAACAUGUACAUAUAUUUAAGGAAAACGACGUCCAUGAAAGUAAUCCCCUGCUGUUGUUUUCUUCAUCUGUCACUAAUCUGAUAUAACUGUGAUCAUGGAGUGGUACUUUGAUGAUCGGCAUAAUAAGCCGAUUCAUUGAUGAUUUAAGUAUUAACUGUGGUGACGUCUUUCAUAUGACGCGCAUGCUUGUACCUGUGGAUUAUGAUUCUAUUGUCUUGACAUGCUUGAAUAGGUUUAUAUAUAUAUACCUCGCUCAGAGUAUAGAGAAUAAACUUACGUGGUCUUUUUUUCUCUCUUUUUUAAGCAAUCCGUUUUCAAGUUUGGGCCAAACGCUAUAACCCAGUGCAGUGAUAGGUUGACAAGUUACGUCAAUGUAAUUAAUGAUACCACUUACACUUUUGGUUAUAUUGCACCUUAAAUCUCUUGUCAGCUGCAGGGUGUUCUGUUAAAUUCACUCACAUGUCAGCUGUGUCAUCGGAACAGAUCACUCGGUCAAAACUACACAAGUUAGCUCGCAGAAAACAAGCAGUAUAGACGUAUUUUUUCGACAUCAGGUAUAGGCCUAUUCAUUCACAUCUAAUGAACUAUAUUGCAUGUGCGCUUGUAUUUAAACAAAUAAUUUUAUGUAAUUAAAAAUUUAAGAUUUUGAACAUGUCAAUGUAUAACAUUUGAAAACAGGUAUGCGCACACCGAUGAAUACAACACGUUCAUGAGGAAAUGA